GAGGCGGCGGCCCGAGCUCGCCCCGCGGUCGCGCAGCUCCUGGAGUUGGCAGCGGGACCGGGUCCCGCCGCGGGGAACCCCGCUCCGCGUGAGGACGGGCAGGGCCAUGCCUCGGGCUGCAGGGCAAGGGGCAGCAUCGGGCAGAAGAGCAAACCAUCUCUGGGGACCCGUCGAGGGCCCCCCGCCGCCCUCCUUGAGCUCCAGAAGGGUCCUCAGCUUCCCUGGGGACUCCUGGAUCUCUGCACUGAGCUCCAGCUCCUGGGCCACCAUCUGGAGGUGGCGGCGGGCCCAGCCCAGGCAAGGGGUGCCCCUUCCCUCCGCCAGGACCGGCUGGCCCCACCUCCGCCGAGACCAAGUUCAACAAGUUUGGCCGAGAAAGUCCCAGCGCCUCCAUAGCAGGCCCGGCCCCGCCGCCGCGCGUGGGCUCCCGGGGCUCCUGGCUGCGCGGCGCCAGCAGCGGACUGGGAGCUGUCGAGGGGCGCUCCCAGAGCUGGAGGCUUGGGACUUGGAGUCUGUCAUCUGGGAGUGAACGGGCACCCCCGCAGGCAGGGCCUCAGGCUGGCCCAGAGGGGCUGCCCCUGGGAGAAGCCCUUGCGAGCAGUGACUCAGACUGCUUGGGCAGGACAGGGUGGCUGCGCUCCCUACCCCUGCGGUGACUCCAGCGUCUGCAGAGGAAUGGGGGCCUCAGGCAGUGUCGUGGUGACCUCCUGGAGAGCUGGACACUUGGGUCCCUGAAGUGAUCUCUAGACUCCAGCCUCCAGUCCGCCAUCAUUCCGUGCUGCGGGGACACCAUGGCUCCAGAAGAGGACGCCGGAGGGGAGGCCCUGGGGGGUAGUUUCUGGGAGGCUGGCAAUUACAGGCGGACGGUACAGCGGGUGGAGGAUGGGCACCGACUCUGUGGGGACCUGGUCAGCUGCUUCCAGGAACGAGCCCGCAUCGAGAAGGCCUAUGCCCAGCAGCUGGCUGACUGGGCCCGCAAGUGGCGGGGCGCAGUGGAGAAGGGCCCCCAGUACGGCACGCUGGAGAAGGCCUGGCAUGCCUUCUUCACGGCGGCUGAGCGGCUCAGUGAGCUGCACCUGGAGGUGCGAGAGAAGCUGCAUGGACCUGACAGCGAGCAGGUGCGUGUCUGGCAGCGGGGUGCCUUCCACCGGCCGGUGUUGGGCGGCUUCCGUGAGAGCCGGGCAGCUGAGGAUGGCUUCCGCAAGGCCCAGAAGCCCUGGCUUAAGAGGCUGAAGGAGGUUGAGGCAGCCAAGAAGAGCUACCACACGGCCCGGAAGGAUGAGAAGACAGUGCAGACCCGGGAGAGCCAUGCCAAGGCAGACAGCACCGUGUCUCAGGAGCAGCUGCGCAAACUGCAGGAGCGCGUGGGGCGCUGUACCAAGGAGGCAGAGAAGAUGAAAAGCCAGUACGAGCAGGCGCUGGCGGAGCUGCACCGCUAUACCCCACGCUAUAUGGAGGACAUGGAGCAGGCCUUUGAGAGCUGCCAGGCCGCUGAACGCCAGCGGCUCCUCUUCUUCAAGGACAUGCUGCUCACCUUGCACCAGCACCUUGACCUCUCCAGUAAUGACAAGUUCCAUGAACUCCACCGAGACCUGCAUCAGGGCAUCGAGGCAGCCAGUGAUGAGGAAGACCUGCGCUGGUGGCGCAGCACCCAUGGGCCAGGCAUGGCCAUGAACUGGCCACAGUUUGAGGAGUGGUCCUUGGACACACAGAGGACAAUCAGCCGGAAGGAGAAGGGUAGCCGGAACCCCGAUGAAGUUACUCUGACCAGCAUCAUGCCCACAAGAGAUGGCCCUGCACCCCCACCCCAGUCCCCAGGUGGGCAGGAUGAGGAGUGGUCGGAUGAGGAGAGCCCUCGGAAGGCUGUCACCGGGGUGCGAGUGCGGGCACUCUAUGACUACGCUGGCCAGGAAGCAGAUGAGCUGAGCUUCCGAGCAGGAGAGGAGCUACUGAAGAUGAGUGAGGAGGAUGAGCAGGGCUGGUGCCAGGGCCAGUUACAGAGUGGCCGCAUCGGCCUGUACCCUGCCAACUAUGUGGAGUGUGUGGGUGCCUGAGUGCCUGGUAGUCCUUCGGCAGUCUCUUCAUCCCAGCUGCUUUUGGACAGCCAGAACAGAGGGCCCUGAAUCAUCACGCUGCUGCUGCUCCUUUGUCUCUUGAGGAGGGAGGAAGUCCUGCGACCCAGGGAGGGGAGAGGUCUGUGCCAAUUGCUUCUAGGCUGAGGGCAGGAGGUUGGAGAGGACAGAAGGACCCAGGGCUGCCCAGGACUGCCCUGGCCUUCCCAGAAGUGCUGUGGGUGUCUUCAGGAGCUGAGGAUGUUCUCUGGCCUCCUGGGGUGGACUUUGGAGGGAGUGUGGUCCUGGACUAGUGGCACCCUCUUUUGUGACUUGUUCUAGUGUGUAUUAGACUUGAAAAAAAUAAAAAAAGAAGCACUAUCA